UGAGAAUUUAUCAAGGUUUGUUGCUUCUGAAACUUAAAGGAAUCGCAAUGGAAUCAGCUUAUCAUUUUGAUUGAUGCUUUCUGUUGAGGUGCCAGUAAAUUGCGCCACAAUAUAUUGACAUCCUACAUGUUGUAGCUGGAAUGUUUGUUGAAUGGCUUGAACUUUGGAUCUUUCAGAGGAUUUAUGUGGCUGACAUCAUUUUUGUACGUCCUCUCUGCUUUGUUCUUGAAUCUCUUUUCAACUGAACAGCUAGUAGAUUUUGAUGUAUCCAGUAAGUUUUAUACCAUUUGUUGAUGAUUCAAUAAGCAUGUUCUAAUUUCCACUUCCAGAUUUCUAUUACAAUAUUGCUUUACAGUGUGGGUUUGUUUGUUUUUGUACAAGAGAAAAAAAAAUGGAUAACGGGAAAGCGAAUGGAAAGCAAAGGAAACUCCCUAAAUUAUUUUUGUUUAGUUAGAAAGGGGAAAUGAUUCGAAAACCUGGAAAUAUUUUCCAUUGAGAAUCAAGAUUAGCUGCUUUCGGUUCUGAUCUCUAUUUCCAUCUUGUUUUCGAGUUUUCAAUCUUUUUCAUGUGUCAUAAGUUUUUCUCAAAUUUUUUACCAUCACCUGCCUUUAACAAAUCAUUGUUCUCAAAGAAGCUGUAAUCACAAUCCACCAUAGCGACCACAUCAUCAUCUUUCGUGUUACCACCUUUCAACCUACCGAUUGGCUUAAGGUUAAAAUUCUACCAUUCAAAUUCUGGAUAUGGAGGUUUAAUUGUUGAAUUUAAUCAUUUAAAGUGAUAAGCUAUGCUGUAAAAGUUUGUUUCUACUCAAUUACAUCUCUCCAAAAUAGUGGUAUGGGGUUUUUGGUUGGUUUCUAAUUGCCGUACUGUGGUGAAAGGAGGCCGGUUAGUGAGAUGGAGGUGUUGGGAAUAUGAUGUUGGUGUCACCCAUGGUAUGAAGCCAUUAGUGGUGGUUUUGGUCAUGGACUGACGGUGAUAGAGAUGGUGUUCAAGUGGAGUGAUGGUGUAUUGUUCACGAAACAUGUGGGGUUGGGCUAGAGGGAGAUGGCGUAAAUUCCUCUAGUCUUCAGCCCCCUUUGGUACUUGAAAAAAAAUUAGGUUGUGGGAACACCAAAAAAUAGUCUAGUCACAAUUGAGCACCAUUUACCUUUUGCCUUUUUUGUUUCCUCCCAAACACGCAGCUUCGGAAUAUAAAUUGGCCUAGCUUUCUCAUUGGCAUUUCCUGCAUGGUCCUUGUACACGAAGCAAUAAACAUAAUUGAUGUGUUUAACUGAUCUUUGUCAUUCCAAGUUUGCUUUUAGUUUCAUUUGAGUAUAAGCAGCCUUUCUUUUCACCAAUACAUGCUGUUUAUUGUCCAAAUUUCAUGCUCGUGAACCAGAUUCUGUAGGUUUUACCUUACCUGUAUGUAAAUAUCACGAACUUAACAGUUAACACACAAUGAAGAGGCAUAUGAACAAAGGAAGAAAUAGGUUCGGCUGCAUCCAUUUUGUUUCUAAGCACAAAAUUCUGUGAACUACUCAACAUCCUAUUAUCCCAAUGCCAUUAAGUGGCUUUAAUCUAAGUGGGAUUUGGGGUCGUUGGAUGUACGUAACGGUAUCCUUGAAUCUUGAUUGUGAUAACAAAGAGGUUGCUUUCGUUUAACGCUUGAUAACAAACAUCCUAGUGCUCAUUAUUUGAAAGAUCAUCUUAAUAUAGUCUGUCAUAAUCUGAGACCAAAGAAUUAAUGGAUUAUAAGUAUCUGGCACAAUCGAAAUACGGGACAAUUUCUUUUGUGCAUCACCGUUUCUUUAAAAAUCAAGAUCAUGUUGAACAAUGUACAUGAGCAACUGUUUAUAUAUAAUUCACGAAAGCCUUUUAGAUAGACUAGAGAGACUAUUGACAAUGUCCCAUGUACAUAAACUUCCAAACUCCUGCCACAGCUGAUGUAUGAUCACUAAAUAUCCAGAAUAGAUGAAACGACUUAACCUAUCUUUUUGCCCCCAGUCAGUCGAGAAUUUGUGAACUUAAAGUUGGAAUGACUUUCUGGGGACUACCCACAAGGCAAUAACAUUUAAUGUACUGACACAAAGUUUUAUUUUGGUUUAUCAAGGCCCAAGGGGUGGGGUUCACUGCUGACAUACCGAAUAAUCAUAUUCGUAUGGAUUUAAUGAACUGUGCCAAAUAUUGGUGAUUUAUUAUUUUUUUACGGUGAACAGUAUCGUCCUUCAACUGCCCAAGCAGGUAACAUAUUUGCUCGAGGCUCUGCCCUUGUUGCAAUCAUUGGGACCCUUGACAGUUGACUUGGUCUCACACAUGCUAAUGUGUAAUUAAAAUUGUGGUUGUGCAUUAAAUAAAUGAACCAAUCAACAUCUUGACUAAAGGUUACAACUUAAUACUAGUUGGCUUUACAAAUUGUGACCAACUGGUCUAUCUUUCACCACAUUAUUCUAUAUAUAUAUAUAUACACAUAAAGAAUAUCUAUCUACCUACCUGUGCAAUUAAUGACGUAGCCGACUGCUACUAUAUCUCUUUCUUUUAUUUCCAAUUUUAUUUGGUGGAGUUUUUAGACUUUUUGGGAAUGAAGAACCCGUCUGUUUCUUCAUCUAAUGCUUCAUAUCCAUGGGAUACUUCGAGCUCCAAGUCUCAAAAUUAUCAAGCUCGUCCUGUUGCUUUGAUGCAAAAUCAGAAAAAGAAGUCUAUAUUCAACCAAUUUUUAAGGAAAAUUUCCUUAAUAUUCUCAGCUUUUGGUUCCAAGUCAAAAAGGGCUGCUCCAGAAGUGGACCAAGGUUAUGCAAAUGGAAAUACAAAUUCAAAUCAGAUCUAUAGCAACUCAUCUGGGUUAUCUUGUGGAAGCAAAACAGGAGGUUCAUCAACUAGGCAACCAAAUUCUUUCAAUUCUUCAGAAUCAACAAGUGGAGAGGUGUAUGGUUCAUUAAAUUUUACUCUUCAGGAUAUUAAGAAAGCUACUAAGAAUUUUUCUCAAAAUAAUAUAAUUGGAGAUGGCGGUUUUGGGACAGUGUACAAGGGACAGCUGAAGGAUGGAACCCUGGUUGCAAUAAAACGUGCCAAAAAGGAAUUGUAUGACAAACGCACUGCACAAGAAUUCAAGAGUGAAGUCCUAGCCUACUCGAAAAUUGAACAUCUGAAUUUGGUGAAGUUCUAUGGAUAUCUGGAGCACUUGGAUGAAAAAAUUCUUGUGGUUGAGUAUGUUGGUAAUGGAACACUUUUCGACCUAUUACAUGGUAACAGAGGACUAGUGCUUGAGCUUACUGAAAGACUGGAUAUUGCUAUUGAUAUAGCGCAUGCAAUCACGUAUUUACAUAGCUAUAACGAUCCCCCAAUUAUUCACAGAGACAUAAAAGCAUCAAACAUUCUCAUCACAGAGAAAUUUCGAGCCAAAGUAGCAGAUUUUGGGCUUGCUCGAUUUGUCCCAGAGGGUCCUGAUGUAACCCAUGUUUCUACUCAAAUCAAGGGGACAGCCGGAUACUUGGAUCCGGAAUAUAUGAAAUCCUACCAGUUGACUGAAAAGAGCGAUGUCUACUCUUUUGGUAUAGUGCUUGUAGAGCUGGUGACCGGAAGAAGUCCAAUCGAACCAUUUAAAGGUGUCAAAGAGAGAGUAACUAUUAGAUGGGUAAGCAUCUUGAAUACCACUUUUGACUUGAUAGAUCGUAUGUAUAUGCACUUUUGACCAAUUUAUAAGCUGUUUUAGUUUCAGCACUUAUCAACAAUGUCAAAGUUUUAACUCACAUAAUCAAAAUAAAUCAACAUGAAACAUCUUAGCAAACAAAGAUUAUACUUUACUCGAUUCUAUCUUCAACGUCGAAAAAUGAAAAAAUGAUUCGCGUAUAAUAAACUUUGAAUAUUUGAUUCUCUAAUCCCUUAGCCCUGCUAAUAUUUGUGACCAUUGUCAAAUUUAAAGAUCGUGAUUCUGAAUUCUAAGUAACAUAUAAUAAUCGACCGUUUUGAUAGUUCUAGGUUUCAUGCCAAAAGUAGAAGAUCCAAGGGUCAUGAAGUAGGCAAUAGAAAAAGAUUUUUAGGAUUACAAAAUUGUCAAAAGCGAAAGUUCCAAGGACCAUGACAUAAAAAGUUUUCAUCUUAAGUUUCCUGUCUUUGACAAGGUCUUAUUGUUUUGUUUCAUUUUAGCCAUCCUUUGAAUAUGAUACCAUGUUUUGGAUGUGAUCUUACAUUUUUUCUGCUUACCUGAUCUACAAAUUUACCUGAUCUACAAAUUCAUUCUCUUUCACAUAAUUCUUCCAUUUACUUGUUUUUUUUUCUCUAUAUAAACAAGUUUAGGAAAAAUUAUAUUAAUAAUCCAACAUUUGCUUGUCCCCUCUAAAUUAUCUCACCUUUAGAUUAUUUUUUAAUAAUCCAACAUUUAACCUUAAUUCGUUGUGAAUAAUCUAAUUUUUGUUUUAGUUUGCUGACAGUAUACCCUAUUAUUAUCUAUUAUUAGUAAUAUAGCAUGUUGUGAGCAAAUGUAUGACAAAUGUUAGAUUAUUACCAAAAGUGAGAUUAUUCACAAUCGAUGAAUAAAAGAUUCUAUCAUUAAUGUAUACCCUAUUAUUGUUUUAGUUUGCUGACAGUAUACCCUAUUAUUCACAAUGGAUGAAUAAAAGAUUGUAUCAUUAAUGUAUUUUUCAAUAAAUUUAUUCCCGCAAAAUCAAAGGGACAUGAGAAUUUUUUUUUUUCUGGAACAGAACUAACACCAAAAAAAUUAGAAGAUAAAAUAGG